AUGACCGCGCCAUCAUCGUCCUCGUCUGCCUCGAUGGCCCGCGCUAACUUCGAGCUAAAUAAUGCCAUCAUCCCGCUAUCAUCCACCACGCUCGACUCCAUUUUUGCAUAUGACAAUGAAGCACAACGUGCCAUCCUCCACGCCCAACCGUGGAAGACGGACCCGCACUUCUUCCAAAAAGUGCGCAUCAGCGCGGUGGCUUUGAUCAAGAUGGUGAUGCACGCACGAUCCGGUGGUAUCUACGAGAUCAUGGGUCUGAUGCAGGGCAAGAUCGAUGUCGAGAACCGAACACUUUACGUUAUGGAUAGCUUCGCCCUACCGGUCGAGGGAACCGAGACGCGUGUAAACGCACAGAACGAAGCGUACGAAUACAUGGUUCAGUACCUUGACCACUCAAAAGAGGUCGGACGUCUGGAAAAUGUGGUGGGCUGGUACCACAGUCAUCCGGGUUACGGAUGCUGGCUUUCUGGUAUCGACGUCAAUACCCAACGCACCAACCAACAGUUUCAAGACCCGUUCGUAGCCAUCGUCAUUGAUCCCAACCGCACCAUCUCCUCAGGAAAAGUCGACAUUGGCGCUUUUCGAACCUUCCCGGAAGGCUACACAUCUUCCUCUUCUAUUGGAGGCGGAGAUAGCGAGUACCAGAGCAUCCCUCUCUCCAAGAUCGAGGAUUUCGGCGUACACGCCAACGAAUACUAUCCGUUGGAAGUGGAGCAUUUCAAGAGCAGCUUGGACGGCAAAUUGCUGGAUUUGCUGUGGAACAAGUAUUGGCAAAAUACAUUGUCUCAGAGUCCGCUGGUAAGCAAUCGGGCGUAUACGACGAGUCAGAUCCGCGAUUUGGCGGACAAGUUGGCACAGACGAAUGCGGCGGUGUUGAAUCGAAACAGUGUCAGUAGUGCUCCUUUUACAACGACAGCAGGAGCUGCGUCCGUUCGCAUUGGGGCAGGUAAGGACGUAGCAGCGGAGACAGAGCAGAAUAGCGGUGGGUCCGCCAAGGACACGCCAGCUGGUACGGCGCAAGACGCCGCGGGCCUAGUAAAGGAGUUCGAACAGAGGUCUAAAAUGUCGGCGAUAUCUCGAGCUUCAAACGACGCCGCCAAGUUGGCCAGCGAAGCCAACCACGGCUUGCUAGCAAGCCAGCUCAAACAUACGCUCUUUCACAAUCACACCGCCACCCCAACUCCUGCAUCCGCAUCUGCGCCCACCCCAAUCCGCUUAUGA